AACUCGUUGCAGUGGAAAACGGCUCCCGAGAAUCCCAAAGUGAGCGCUUAAUCGGGACCAUUGCGCAACCUGCAAUCUAUACCAAAAGGUGUAGUUGGCGCACGACAUGACCGACAGGAGCCGUUCAUCUUCGCCGUAUGCAUGUUCCUGCGCCGUUCUCAAUCUUCAACACUCCGGACCCAUGCUCUUCAGGCGGACCGCCUGAUGCAUAUCUUGGUCCACCAAAUCCAUUUCCUUGCUGUACUUGCUGUAACUCUUCCAUCGCCACAUGGCGACAGACGAUUAUUCCGGGCUGGAGUUUUCUCUUUUCUUUUUUCUGUUUUCUCUUUCCUUCGGAGGGUGAAUUUCAAUACGACUCAACAUGUGACACGAAUUUCAUUUUCAAACGGCAGAUCGAGUGGCGCUGGGAGUGGGACGGCCAUUAUUGGGUUUAUACGAGGCUUCGAACAGACUUUCCGGGCAAUAUGGAUGAAUUUCAAAUUAGCUUCUUAGCGCCCUCCGCACGUAUGGCUUGCAUUGUGCUUGCGGAUGUUCCUGCGUUGCAGGCUUCAGGCUAAUUGGAUGCAGAGAGAUGCAUGACGGUGUUGGCUCGGGUUGUUUGACGACAUGCGCCCCGGAACUGGGUACAGUUCAUCCAAGUUUG